AUGGAGUUGUCACAGCCAUAUGAUGAAUCUAAGGUACUCAUCAUCUACACCGGCGGAACGAUAGGCAUGCUUGUUGGCCAUCAGGGAUACGUUCCAGAGCCGUACUUCCUGACCGAGACACUCUUCAGCCAGCACAGGUUCCACGAUCCGCUUGAGGAGUCGCUGUUCUCCCACUCGGCUUCAGCGAACCUGCCCAGUCUUGUAACGCCGCGUACGACCGCGCACGGAUCAGGCGGUAAGCGCGUUCGAUACGUGAUCCUGGAGUGGAGUCCGCUAUUAGACAGCAGUAACAUGGAAAUUGCCGACUGGAUCCGUAUCGCGACCGACAUCGAGCUGAAUUAUGCGGCCUUUGAUGCAUUUGUCGUUCUCCACGGCACGGACACAAUGUCCUACACUUCGUCAGCCCUCAGCUUCCUCCUCGAGGACCUCGGCAAGACUGUGAUCGUAACAGGAGCUCAGAUUCCGCUGUCACAACUUCGAAAUGAUGCUGUCGACAACUUGUUGGGUGCGCUGGCCCUUGCCGGACACUACAUCAUCCCAGAGGUCUCGCUCUUCUUCAACCACACUCUUUAUCGCGGCAACCGGGUGUACAAACACUCGUCGAACGACCUUGACGCCUUCGCGAGCCCAAACUUUGCUCCGCUCGUUCAUGUUGGUAUCGACAUCACCGUUGACUGGAACAAUGUCAUCAGGCAGACAGGCUUGCGGCGAUUCAAGGCGCACAAGCGUGACCUUGACCGUGCUACAGCCACGCUACGCCUCUUCCCCGGUAUCACGGCAGCGACCGUCCGUGCCUUCCUUGCACCGCCCAUUCGAGGCCUUGUCCUAGAAACGUUCGGUGCCGGCAACGCCCCGCAGCGCGGAGACCUCCUCGAUGCUUUCAAAGAAGCCUGUGACCGCGGCGUUGUUAUAGUUGCUAUCUCACAAUGCUCCAAAGGCACUGUCUCUCCCGACUACGAGACAGGUAUUGGCCUGCUCAAGCUCGGCAUCGUAUCGGGCGGUGAUAUGACACCAGAGUGCGCACUGACCAAGCUCGGAUAUUUGCUCGGCAAACCCGACAUCUCUGUCGAGCAGGUGCGCGCGCUCAUGGGCACGCCCCUCCGUGGCGAGCUCACGCUUCCCGCGCGGGAGAUUCCGAAGGCGCCAGGUGGGCACACAGGGAUCGAGGACUCGCUCGAGAGCAUCCAGGGCGUGCUCACGCACGUCGUGCGCCUGAGCAGCACACGGCUGCCCGCCGCCUCGCCCGCCACUGUCGUCGGCGGCAUGGCCAACUGCAUCGACCCCGCGAGCGGCCGGUCGCCGCUGCAUGUUGCGGCGCUCAAUGGGAGCGAGCUCUGUGUCGGUGCGCUACUCGAGGCGGGUGCGUUGGUUCACCUGCGGGACGCUUUGGGGCACACUGCACUUUACUACGCUGCGCGGCAAGGACACGAAAAUAUCGUCGACAUACUGGUCAGGGCUGGCGCAAACCUCGGCGGUUCGGACGUCGAGGGCGGCUUCGUGCGUCUCACUAUGCAAAAGGCAGUUCUCGCGCAGGAUGAACGUGCGUUGCGGAUAUGGAAAAAGGCUGGUGCAGAUAUCCAAGAACAGUAG